AGUGAUAAGAAGCAGUAUAUCCAGAAGAAUAUGGAUUUUGUUGAUGGUCACACUACUCCCUCAUCUGUGACCACUGCAUCAGAGGGAGACAAUUCCUCUAGGUUCAGGACCAAGGAUAUUAAAUAUUUUUAUGAACCAUUGAAAAUAGCUUUAGCAAUUGAAGCCAAAGCUUGGAAGAUGCUUCUCUGUCGGUAUUUAAAUGAGGAAUAUAAAAAGAAAAUGAUGGACAUGAUGUCAUUCAUAAAUGAAUAUUUAAAGAAAUUAUCUCGACCUCUGUGUGACUUAGACGACGUCAGAUUUGCAAUGGAAGCUCUAUCUGUCAUACGUGAUAAUAAAAUACAAAUGGAUAUGACUCUGGGACCUAUUGAAGAAGCCUAUGCUAUUUUAAAUACAUUUGAAAUUGAGGUUACAAAAGAGGAAUCAGAAGGAGUUGAUACACUCAGAUAUUCUUUUAAUAAAUUACAGACCAAAGCUGUAAGUAUACAAAACUAUUUGGUUCAAGUUCAGCCCAAAUUUAAGAGUAAUUUGCUAGAAUCUGUUGCAGUUUUUCAGGAGGAUGUGUCAAACUUUGAAAUGUCGUAUGAAACGGAAGGACCUAUGGUUCCAAGUAUUCCACCUCAGGAAGCCAGUAAUAGGCUACAGAUCUUUCAGGCUAACUUUGAUGAGCUGUGGAGAAAGUUUAUCACAUACUCAUCUGGUGAACAGUUGUUUGGAUUGCCUGUUACGGACUAUGAAGUUUUGCAUAAAGUCAGGAAGGAGUUAGGCUUGCUUCAGAAAUUGUAUGGAUUAUACGAUAAUGUAAUAAACAAAAUCAAUGGUUAUUAUGAGAUACUUUGGACAGAUGUAGAUAUCGAAAAAAUUAAUGCUGAACUUCUGGAUUUUCAAAACAGGUGCCGUAGACUACCUAAAGGACUUCAUCACUGGCAAGCAUUUUUAGAUCUCAAGAAAAAAAUUGAUGAUUUUAGUGAGUCUUGUCCUUUGUUGGAAAUGAUGACUGACAAAGCAAUGAAGCAAAGACACUGGAAUCGUAUUGCUGAAACAACAGGUCAUCAGUUUGAUAUAGAAUCUGAUUCCUUUUGCCUUCAAAACAUCAUGGAAGCACCAAUUCUUAAAUAUAAAGAUGAUAUUGAGGAUAUAUGCAUAUCUGCUACAAAGGAAAAAGAUAUAGAAGCCAAACUAUCUCAAAUAACUGAAAUUUGGGGAAGCCAAGUUCUGAGCUUUUCAUCAUUCAAAGGGCGAGGAGAACUACUGUUAAAGGGAACUGAAUUAUCAGAAAUUAUAACGUUGAUGGAGGACAGUUUAAUGGUUCUUGGCUCUUUACUGAGCAAUAGAUACAAUACACCAUUUAAAAAGGAAAUUCAGAGUUGGGUUUAUAAACUAAGCAGCUCUACAGACAUAAUUGAAGAAUGGCUGGUUGUGCAGAACCUCUGGAUUUAUCUUGAAGCUGUUUUUGUAGGGGGAGAUAUCGCAAAACAGUUACCUCAGGAAGCAAAGCGUUUCCAGAAUAUUGACAAAUCGUGGAUAAGAAUAAUGCAACGAGCUCAUGAAACCCCAAAUGUGAUUAAUUGCUGUGUUGGAGAUGAGACUAUGGAGCAACUACUCCCUCAUUUACAUGAACAGUUGGAAGUAUGUCAGAAAUCACUUACAGGGUACUUAGAGAAGAAAAGACUACUGUUUCCAAGAUUCUUUUUUGUUUCUGAUCCUGUCCUUCUUGAAAUUCUUGGACAAGCAAGUGAUUCUCAUACAAUUCAGCCACAUCUGCUUUCCAUAUCUGACAAUAUAAAUGAAGUAGAAUUUCACCAAAAGGAUUAUGAUCGCAUACUGGCAGUUAUAUCAAGAGAAGGAGAAAAAAUUCCAUUGGACACUCCAGUGAUUGCAAAAGGACCAGUAGAACUUUGGUUGCAGGACUUAUUGCAUGUGCAGCAGAUUUCAUUGCAUGGCAUAAUUAGGACAGCAUAUUACCAAAUUAGUGACCCAGGAUAUCAGUUACUGGAUUUUCUUAAUCACUUCCCAGCACAGGUUGGAUUACUGGGAAUUCAAAUGUUGUGGACACGUGAUUCAGAAGAAGCUCUACAGAAUGCUAAAGAGGACAGAAAAAUCAUGCAAGUAACCAAUGGGAGAUUUCUGGAGAUUCUGAAUAUGUUGAUUAGCCAGACUACACAUGAUCUUUCCAAGUUUGACAGAGUGAAAUUUGAAACACUUAUAACCAUUCAUGUUCAUCAGCGUGAUAUUUUUGAUGAUCUGGUAAAAAUGCACAUCAAAUCACCAACUGAUUUUGAAUGGUUAAAGCAGUCUAGAUUCUACUUCAAAGAGGAUUUCGAUCAAGUCAUCGUAUCCAUUACCGAUGUUGAUUUUGUUUACCAAAAUGAAUUUCUGGGUUGCACUGAUCGUCUGGUUAUAACACCUCUUACAGACAGGUGCUAUAUAACUUUAGCGCAGGCUUUGGGAAUGAACAUGGGAGGAGCUCCAGCAGGACCAGCUGGAACUGGUAAAACAGAAACGACGAAAGACAUGGGAAAGGCUCUGGGAAAAUACGUAGUAGUUUUUAACUGCUCUGAUCAAAUGGACUUCAGAGGUCUGGGUAGGAUUUUCAAAGGUCUUGCACAGUCUGGAUCUUGGGGAUGUUUUGAUGAAUUCAACCGAAUUGAGUUGCCCGUCUUGUCAGUAGCAGCACAACAAAUAUAUAUUAUUUUAACAGCAAGAAAAGAAAGAAAAAAGCAGUUCAUUUUUUCUGAUGGAGACUGUGUAGAUUUAAAUCCAGAGUUUGGAAUUUUCCUAACAAUGAAUCCUGGAUAUGCUGGACGUCAAGAACUACCAGAAAAUCUAAAAAUUCAGUUUAGAACUGUUGCAAUGAUGGUUCCAGAUAGACAGAUAAUUAUAAGAGUUAAGCUUGCAAGUUACGGAUUUAUUGAUAAUGUGAUCUUGUCUCAGAAAUUCUUUGUUCUUUAUAAACUUUGUGAGGAGCAGCUCACUAAGCAGGUCCAUUAUGACUUUGGUCUGAGGAAUAUCCUUUCAGUACUGAGGACUCUUGGAACCCAAAAGAGGGCCAGGCCAAAUGAAAGUGAAUUAAGUAUUGUUAUGAGAGGGCUAAGAGAUAUGAAUCUCUCUAAGUUGAUAGAUGAAGAUGAGCCUUUGUUUCUCAGUCUUAUCAAUGAUCUUUUUCCGGGGUUACAACUGGACAGUAGUACCUAUACUGAGCUUCAGGUUGCAGUAGCUAAUCAGGUUGAAGAGGCAGGAUUGAUUAAUCAUCCACCGUGGAAUCUUAAGCUUGUUCAGUUGUAUGAAACUUCUCUAGUACGUCAUGGGUUGAUGACACUUGGACCUAGUGGAUCUGGAAAAACAACAGUCAUAACUAUACUAAUGAGAGCACUGACAGAAUGUGGCCAGCCUCAUAGAGAAAUGCGUAUGAACCCCAAAGCUAUUACUGCUCCUCAAAUGUUUGGAAAACUAGAUGCUGCAACUAAUGAUUGGACAGAUGGAAUCUUUUCUACACUGUGGAGGAAAACACUGAAAGCUAAAAAGGGUGAAAAUGUGUUUCUGAUUUUAGAUGGUCCUGUAGAUGCAAUCUGGAUUGAGAAUCUAAAUUCAGUUUUGGAUGAUAACAAGACCCUCACUCUAGCAAAUGGAGAUCGAAUUCCUAUGUCUCCUACAUGUAAACUGUUAUUUGAAGUCCACAACAUUGAGAAUGCCUCUCCAGCAACAGUUUCUCGAAUGGGUAUGGUCUACAUCAGUUCUUCUGCCCUCAGCUGGAGACCAAUAUUGCAAGCAUGGCUGAAAACACGUUCUCCUCAAGAAGCUGAAGUUUUACAAAGUUUGUAUGAUAGAAUCUUUGAACGAGCAUAUACAUAUAUGAAACGAAACCUUAAUCCAAAAAUGGAGCUUCUGGAAUGUAACUACAUUAUGCAGUCUAUUAAUCUUCUGGAGGGUUUGAUUCCAUCGAAGGAAGAAGGUGGUUUAUCAACUAUAUUUCAUCUGCAUAAAUUGUUCUGCUUUGCAAUAAUGUGGAGUUUAGGUGCCCUUCUGGAGUUGGACAGUAGAGAUAAACUUGAAGCCUUCAUUAGAGCUCAUGAUAACAAAUUAGACUUACCAGAAAUCUCCCGUGGCACUGGUCAAACGAUGUAUGAGUUUUAUGUUACUGACUAUGGUGACUGGGAGCACUGGAGUAAAAGAAUUCAGGAAUAUGUUUAUCCAACAGAUAACGUCCCAGACUAUGCGUCUAUUCUGGUUCCAAAUGUUGACAAUGUCAGAACUCAGUUUUUGAUAAGCACAAUUGCAAAACAACAGAAAGCAGUUUUGCUCAUAGGAGAACAAGGGACUGCAAAGACAGUCAUGAUUAAGGCAUAUGUGAAGAAAUAUGACCCACAAGAACAUUUGUCAAAAUGUUUAAACUUUUCAUCUGCCACAGAACCAUUUAUGUUUCAG